CAUUAUUACUCACCACAUCGAAUCUGUAAUCUCUUCUCUACAUCGAGGACUGAUCUACUACAGAACCAACCAGCCCAUAGAGAAACCAGUCAGUCAAGAUGUCGACUCUCGACACCGAGUCCGCAGCGCCUCAGUUCCAAUCACGCCUCCUCAGCCUACCCUGGGAGCUGCGUAACAUGAUCUGGUAAGCCAUGCUCGAUGAUCCCUUCCUUCUGCAUACCAUCCCCUACGAUUUGGAAAGCGCAGACCACAUCACUACUACGCGUGCCAUCCAUUCAUUCCCUUCGUACCUCGAGACCACCUGCAACAGCUUCCACACUGAACCUGCCCACGAGCCUCACAGCAACAUCGAACCUGCCAAACACCCUGCCCCCUCGCCCGUCGGCGCACUGAGUUGGCUGCGCAGUUGUCGCCUGAUCUACACUGAAGCGAAGCCGCUCCUGGCCAAUAACGUGUCCUUACAUAUCUGCGAUAAAGUCACCCUGGGAGCUGCAUUUGGCGGUCGAACGCCCUCGCUACCUCUCUCGCAGAUUCGGUCGCUGGACUUCUGCGCCAGACUGGAGGUAAACUAG